GUGGGGGUGGGGUGGGGGAGGGUUCAACGGCGAAUUGUUGGGGGGGCACCGCCCCGCGGCUCCGCGCACCGCCCCGCGCACCGUGUUGCACACCGUACUGCACCCCGCCCCGCUCAGCGCACCGCGCUUCGGAGCGCAGCUGGGAGCCCGGCACCGCGCACCGUACCGCACCCCGCGCAGCGCAGCGCCCCGCGCACCGUACCGCACACAGCGCAUCGUCCCGCUGCCAGCCGGCACCAGCCCGCUCCGCACCAUGGCUCUGCUGCUGCAGCUCCGCACCGUCUCCGGCCUCCGCGGCAAAGCCGACCGCAUCGCCAAAGCGGCUUUCCGAGGUCUCUCAUUCUACACCCGAGUGAUUGAAAACUGUGAGGACGAGGCCAGGUUUGAUGAGACCUUCCGCUGGCCAGUGGCAAGCAGUAUCGAUGGGAAUGAGAUCCUGGAGAUCCAGGUGUUCAACUACAGCAAAGUCUUCACCAACAGACUCAUUGGCACUUUCCGGAUGGUCCUGCAAAAGGUGGUGGAGGAGGGGCAGGUAGAGGUGACGGACACACUCAUAGACGACAAUAAUUCAGCCAUUCAGACCAGCAUCUCCAUAGAGAUCAGGUACCAGGCUCUGGAUGGGACAGUUGGUGCAUGGAAUGACAAGGAGUUCCUGGAGACCCCCAGUGUCCACUCAGAAGGGGAUGGCAGGUACCCCUUAGAGACAGACAGCCUCCUCUCCGGCCACCGGCAGGGCUUGGACAUCUCUCCGGGUAAAUCCAACCAGCAAUCUGCAGAGAGGACCUUCAGGAGCAUGGAAGAGGAUGAGAUGUAUUACCACAGUGAAGAUGAACUUCUGGGAGAGGGGGACACCCUUAGCCAGGGAUCCCUCAACACAAGCCUUGGAGAUGACACAGAAGACCAGCACACCAGGAUUCACUUUAACGAUGGAUACAAGUCAGUAGCAAGCGAAGACCCUGAAGAUCCCAGAGCUAAGGCUAAGGGGAAAGAGAAAAGACACAUCGUGUUACCAUUCAGCAAAGGCAAAGAGAAGACAAAGGAACACAAAGCUGGGAAAGGAGUGUUUUCAGCCAUGAAGCUUGGCAAGACGCGUCCAUCCAAGGAUGACCAUCGGAAACAAGAUGAACCUGCUGUAUUGGAGGCAGAAGACCUGGACCAAAAAGCCAUCAGGCAGGGAGGCAGACUGGAACCGGACACCAUUUCCUUGGCCUCUGUCACAGCUGUCACCACCAAUGUCUCAAAUAAGAGGUCCAAGCCUGACAUCAAAAUGGAGCCAAGCGCUGGGAGACCGAUGGAUUACCAGGUCAGCAUCACUAUCAUCGAGGCCCGGCAGCUUGUUGGGCUCAACAUGGACCCCAUGGUCUGCGUGGAGGUUGGAGAGGAAAAGAAAUACACGUCCAUGAAAGAAUCAACCAAUUGCCCUUACUACAAUGAGUACUUCGUCUUCGAUUUCCACGUGCCCCCAGAUGUCAUGUUCGACAAGAUCAUCAAGCUGUCUGUGAUCCAUUCAAAAAACCUCUUGCGCAGUGGGACUUUGGUAGGCUCCUUCAAGAUGGAUGUUGGAACCGUUUAUACCCAACCUGAGCACCAGUUCUACCACAAAUGGGCCAUCCUUUCUGACCCUGAGGAUCUCACUGCCGGGCUGAAAGGUUACCUGAAGUGUGACAUCGCUGUCGUAGGGAAAGGAGACAACAUCAAGACUCCACACAAAUCCAAUGAGACGGAGGAGGAGGAUAUUGAAGGGAACCUCCUCCUCCCAGAUGGGGUUCCUGCGGAGAGGCAAUGGGCUCGUUUCUACGUCAAGAUCUAUCGAGCAGAGGGACUGCCCCGUAUGAACACCAGCAUCAUGGCCAAUGUGAAGAAGGCUUUCAUUGGGGACAACAAGGACUUGGUAGACCCCUAUGUGCAGGUGGUCUUUGCAGGGCAGAAGGGGAAGACAUCCGUACAAAAAAGCAGCUAUGAGCCUCUCUGGAAUGAGCAAAUAAUCUUCACAGAAAUGUUCCCCCCGUUGUGCAAGCGGAUAAAGGUCCAGAUCCGAGACUCAGACAAAGUCAAUGAUGUGGCCAUUGGUACCCAUUUCAUUGAUCUGCGGAAGAUCUCUAAUGAAGGAGACAAAGGCUUUCUGCCCACCUUUGGCCCCGCAUGGGUGAACAUGUAUGGCUCCACUCGGAACUACACCCUGAUGGAUGAGCACCAAGAGCUGAAUGAGGGUCUGGGUGAAGGCGUCUCCUUCCGGGCCAGGCUUUUGUUGAGUCUUGCUGUGGAGAUCUUGGACACCACCAACCCAGAGAUCAACAGCUCCACUGAGGUGCAAGUUGAGCAGGCCCCAUCAGUUGCUGAUAACUGCACUGGGAAGAUGGAGGAGUUCUUUCUCUUUGGAGCCUUCCUAGAAGCUACCAUGAUCGACAGGAAGAUUGGUGACAAACCCAUCAACUUCGAGGUCACAAUAGGUAACUAUGGGAACCAGAUCGAUGGUAUGACCAAACCCAUCCUACAGAGGAAGAAAGAGGGACGGAAUGGGGACGAGGAGGAGUCUGAGCUGCUCCAGAACUCAAGUGAGGAUGAAGGUGAUGAGGAUGGAGAGCUGGUGUCUGUUUCUUCAUCUCAACCUGUGAAGCCCUUGGUCACAGACAGGAACUACUUCCACCUGCCGUACUUUGAGAAGAAGCCCUGCAUCUAUAUCAAGAGCUGGUGGCAGGACCAGCGCCGCCGAUUGUAUAAUGCCAACAUCAUGGACAAGAUUGCAGACAAGCUGGAGGAAGGGCUCAAUGACGUGCAAGAAAUGAUCAAGACGGAGAAGCCGCAUCCGGAGCGCCGGCUCCGAGGGGUCCUGGAGGAGCUGAGCAGUGGGUGCUUACGCUUUGUGACGCUGGCUGACAAGGACCAGCACCACUCUUCCCAUACAAGGCUGGACCGGGAGAGACUCAAGUCCUGCAUGCGGGAGCUGGAGAACAUGGGGCAACAAGCCACGACUCUGCGGUCGCAAGUGAAGAAGAACACCAUGAAAGACAAGCUGAAGCUGGUGCAAAAUUUCCUGCAGAAACUCCGGUUCUUGGUGGACGAGCCUCAGCACACUAUUCCUGACGUCUUCAUCUGGAUGAUGAGCAACAACAAGCGCAUUGCCUACGCUCGCAUCCCUUCCAAGGAUAUCCUCUACUCCAUUGUGGAUGAGGAGAUGGGCAAGGACUGCGCCAAAGUGAAAACAGUCUUCCUCAAGCUACCUGGGAAGAGGGGGUUUGGACCGGCUGGCUGGACAGUUCAGGCCAAGAUGGAGAUAUACUUGUGGCUGGGCCUCAGCAAACAGCGCAAAGACUUCUUGAGUGGCCUGCCCUGUGGCUUUGAGGAGAAGAAGACUGCCAGAGGCCAAAACCUGCCAUCCUUCCCACCCAUCAGCCUCCUUUACACCAAGAAGCAGGUUUUCCAGCUGCGAGCCCACAUGUACCAAGCCAGGAGUUUAUUUGCAGCCGACAGCAGUGGCCUUUCAGACCCCUUUGCACGAGUCUUCUUCAUCUCCCAAAGCCAAUGCACCGAGGUUCUCAAUGAGACCCUUUGCCCGACCUGGGACCAGCUGCUGGUCUUUGACAACGUGGAGCUGUAUGGAGAAGUUCAUGAGAUGCGAGAUGACCCUCCCAUAAUUGUCAUUGAGAUCUAUGACCAGGACACAGUGGGCAGAGCUGACUUCAUGGGCCGCACCUUUGCCAAACCGGUGGUGAAGAUGUCAGAUGAGCACUACUGUCCCCCGCGCUUCCCCCCGCAGCUGGAGUACUACCAGAUCUACCGGGGCAAUUCCACAGCAGGUGACCUGCUGGCUGCCUUCGAGCUGCUCCAGAUUGGUCCUGGGGGAAAGUCAGACCUGCCCCCAAUUGACGGCCCCACAGACAUGGACCGGGGCCCCAUCCUGCCAGUACCACUGGGGAUUCGGCCAGUGCUGAGUAAAUACAGAGUGGAGAUCUUGUUUUGGGGGCUCAGAGAUCUAAAGAGAGUGAACCUGGCCCAGGUGGACCGGCCCCGUGUGGACAUUGAGUGUGCUGGGAAGGGGGUCCAGUCAUCCCUUAUCCAGAACUACAAGAAAAACCCCAACUUCAGCACUUUGGUCAAGUGGUUUGAAGUGGACCUCCCAGAAAAUGAGCUGCUCCACCCACCACUCAACAUCCGGGUGGUGGACUGCCGGGCUUUUGGGCGUUACACCCUGGUGGGGUCCCACGCUGUCAGCUCCCUCCGAAAGUUCAUCUACCGCCCACCAGAUAAGAAAGCCCAGCAAUGGAAUAUGACAGCUAAGCACCUCAAUGGCUAUCUGGCAAUGACCAACAGGGCCCAUCGCUCUCGCCCCACAGGGGAGAUUGUUGUCAAUAUGGAACCUGAAGUUCCCAUCAAGAAGAUGGAGACGAUGGUGAAGCUGGAUGCUAACUCCGAUGCAGUGGUGAAGGUGGAUGUGCAGUCUGAGGAAGAGAAGGAGAAAAAGAAAAAGAAGAAGAAAGGAGGAGAAGAUGAGGGACUAGAAGAGGAGGAGGUGGACGAGAGUAUGCUGGACUGGUGGUCCAAGUAUUUUGCUUCAAUUGAGACGAUGAAGGAGCAACUCCGGCAGCAGGAAGCAGCUGCAGCAGAAGCGGAGGAGAAGGAGGAAGUGGACAUUGCAGAGGAAAUCAAACUUGAUGACUCUCCCAUGAAAGGCUUCAAGGGUCAAGUGAAGAACAAGGAGAAGUCCAAGACACCCAAAGAUGAUAAGAAAAAGAAGCAACCGUCAGCCCCUGAGCUUCCCGAGAAGAAGAAGAAGCAGAAAAUUGAUGAACUGAAGGUCUUCAACAAAGAGCUGGAAGCAGAGUUUGAUAACUUUGAGGACUGGUUGCACACCUUCAACCUGCUCCGUGGGAAGAUUGGGGACAACGAUGACAAUGCAACAGAAGAGGAGCGGAUAGUGGGAAGGUUCAAAGGCUCCAUAUGUGUCUACAAAGUGCCGCUCCCUGAUGAUAUCACCAAGGAGGCAGGAUAUGACCCCAACUUCGGCAUGUUCCAGGGGAUCCCCAGCAAUGACCCCAUCAACGUCCUGGUCCGAGUCUAUGUUGUGCGGGCCACAGACCUUCACCCAGCUGACAUCAAUGGGAAAGCUGACCCCUAUAUUGCCAUCAAGCUGGGGAAGACGGACAUCAAAGACAAGGAGAACUACAUCUCCAAGCAGCUGAAUCCUGUCUUUGGAAAAUCCUUUGACAUCGAGGCCACCUUCCCCAUGGAGUCCAUGCUGACAGUGGCAGUGUACGACUGGGACUUGGUGGGGACUGACGACCUCAUUGGGGAGACCAAGAUUGAUCUGGAGAACCGCUACUACAGCAAGCACCGAGCUACCUGUGGGAUGUCACAGACUUACUCCAUAUAUGGUUAUAACACCUGGCGUGACCCCAUGAAGCCCUCCCAAAUCCUGUCCAAGCUGUGCAAAGAUGGCAAGGUGGAUGGGCCACACUUUGGGCCAGGAGGAAGAGUGAAAGUUGCCAACAGGGUCUUCACCGGCCCCACAGAGAUUGAGGAUGAAAAUGGUCAGAAGAAGCAGACAGAUGAACACCUGGCCCUGACUGUUCUGCGCCACUGGGAAGACAUCCCAUGGGCAGGCUGCAAGCUGGUCCCGGAGCACGUGGAGACACGUCCGCUGCUGAACCCUGACAAGCCAGGCAUCGAGCAGGGUCGCCUGGAGAUGUGGGUGGAUAUGUUCCCCAUGGACAUGCCAGCGCCCGGCCCUGCCACUGAUAUUUCUCCCAGGAAACCAAAGAAAUAUGAGCUUAGAGUGAUAGUGUGGAACACAGAUGAGGUCAUCCUGGAGGACGAUGACUACUUCACUGGCGAGAAAUCUAGUGACAUUUUUGUCAGGGGGUGGCUGAAGGGUCAGCAGGAGGACAAGCAAGACACAGAUGUCCAUUACCACUCACUCACUGGUGAAGGCAACUUCAACUGGCGCUACAUCUUCCCCUUUGACUACCUGAUGGCAGAGGAGAAGAUAGUCAUCUCCAAGAAGGAGUCCAUGUUCUCCUGGGAUGAGACAGAGUACAAGAUCCCGGCUCGCCUCACCCUGCAGGUCUGGGAUGCUGACCACUUCUCAGCUGAUGAUUUCCUUGGGGCCAUUGAGCUGGACCUGAACCGCUUCCCCCGGGGAGCCAAGACGGCAAAACAGUGCAGCCUGGAGAUGGUGACGAACGAGGCAGAGAUGCCCAUGAUCUCCAUCUUCAAGCAGAAGCGGGUGAAGGGCUGGUGGCCGUUCGUGGCCAGAGAUGAGAAUGAUGAGCUGGAGGUCACUGGGAAAGUCGAGGCUGAGCUGCACCUUCUGACAGAAGAGGAGGCAGAGAAAUCCCCGGCUGGGCUGGCUCGCAAUGAGCCUGAUCCGUUGGAGAAACCCAACCGCCCGGACACAGCCUUCCUCUGGUUCCUGAACCCACUCAAGUCCAUCAGAUACCUCAUCUGCACACGCUACAAGUGGCUCAUCAUCAAAAUCUUGCUGGCCCUGUUGCUCCUCAUCAUGGUCGCCCUCUUCCUCUACAGCAUGCCAGGCUACAUGGUCAAGAAGCUGCUGGGAGCAUGAAGCAUGGGAGCCUCCCCCAUGUACCCAGUCCCGUGGCACAACCUUCCCAGGCUCCAUGCCAUUCUCCUCCCUGCAGCCUCUCAGCAGCUUCGGGGGGCAUCUCCCGGCUGCUGCUGCUACUGCUGCCAGGACUCCUCUUUUACAUUCAUCUGUGGGUCUUCGUUGCGGCUUUGGUCCCAGAGAAAUGGGCUGGAGGAUGGUGUCGAUGCCGAGGCUGUGCAUCCCUCACCGGGGCCGGCAGAGGUGCCCAGCCGGCUACUGCGGGACUGCCCAGGCUGGCAGUCUGAGAGCCCUGUGCCCACUGGGGCCAUGGGCAGUGCCCUGGUGGGGAGCUCAGCCCCUGGCCCCAGGGGAAGGGGAAGGACAACUGGGGCUGCAUGGCUAGAGCUACAGGAGUGCUCCCAAAAGGCUCCUUGGAGGGACAGUCUGAAACGAGGAUGGAGCAGGGACCUGGGACAGCUGGGGACAUGCCAGCCCCACCAGCAUGAGGAUGGCACAGAGCGGCCCCAGUACCUGUCCCCCCUGCUAGCACUGUCCCUGCUCCACUCAUAGCUCUGGAGGACACUGCUUCCACGGUGCAGGGGCCUGUCCCACCCCCCGGGGGACACUGGGUAUCAUGCCCCAGCAGCCACCAAGGCCCUGCAGCGGUGGGGGCCCUGCCCUUCCCCGCCCCCCCUCCCCGGCUCUGGCAGAGGCAGGGAAGUGUCCAGCAGCUCAGACAUCUUCCUGAGGUUACCGACCCAGAACUGGUGGUGGCUGAGCAUCCCGAUGGGCUCACAGGCAGCCAGGUUCCCUGGCACAGUGUGAGCUCCCCCUGGCCUUCUAGAUUCUCAGUUUAUUUUCUUUGGGUUGCGGCUGGAAUCUUUCUUGCCGUGUAUAUUGGGGAAGGGUUCUUUUCUCAGCUUGCUACCGUACUCAGCUGUUGAAAAGCCACCUUUCUCAGCUUCAGGUGUGCAAGACCCUCACUGAGUAAUUGAGGAGAUCUCGGGGAUGUUUUUAGGAAACUACUGUUUUAAUCAGUCAAUAAAAACUGGCGUUCACUUCUG